AUGGGGCCACUCAGCUUCUGGAUUGUUUGGUUUGCAGUUCUAACAGACCUGAGCCAAGCAGAUUUUGUCACUCAGUCAAUUUCUUCGGAUCUUCGGCCAGAAGAAGGAACAGUGACUCUAAGCUGUACCUAUGACACUCCACAGACUGGAUAUGUAUUGAACUGGUACCGAGAACAUGCAGACAGGGAUCUCGAGUUUGUUGUGUCGAGAAGUACUUAUGGAAAUCAGGAUAAAGCAGAUUUUACAGAAGAUCGCUUCUCUGUUGAGUUUCAGAUCUCUGAAAAAUACACAAGUUUGACUAUCACUGGGCUACAGAUGUCUGACGCUGCCGUCUACUACUGCGCGUUCAGAGACUACACAUACGGUCAUAAAGACACAGCUUCCGGUGCCCAGUCAGAAGUGAUAUUGUCUCAGCCAGAGACAGAGACGGGAAUCCCCGGACAGUCUCUGAAAUUGACGUGUAAAACCAAUGGCUUUGAUCUCAGAAGCAACUACAUGUACUGGUACCGACAAAGUCCCGGGAAUGGCCUGCAGUUGUUAGUUUAUUAUUACAAUAAAGAUCUGAAGUAUUUUAAUCCAGAGUUUGAACAACGAGUUACUGCUUCCAAGGACCUCGCAAACAAUAUUUUCACGUUGGAAAUCAGACCAUUGAGGAUUUCAGACAGCGCCACAUAUUACUCUGCAAGUAGCACAGUGAGACAGAUCAAAUAA